AUGACUUGCCAGUUGUUUCUGCUGCUGGACUCUUGCUGUUCACCUUCCUCACCGCCGUUGUCCUGUGACGGGCGAGCCAUGUCGCGUCUCACAACUUCCUCCUCCAUCGGCUGGCUCGAGACUCGAGAGCAGCGAGCGCAACGCCGCAACCAACACACCGACUUUGCAGGCAGCACAGCACAGCUCAGGAACAUGGCGCUGCACAUUCCCUUCCUCUCGCGUCUACACUUGCGCGAGUACCUUGCCCUCUUCCUCUCCGUCUCCCUCAUCGUCUUCGAGUCUUUCAUCGCCGUCAUCACUCUUGCGCUGCCCACGCCCGUUAUCAACCUCUGCUACCGCCUGACUCGCCGCCUAUUCAACCACCUCUCCUCGCCCUCGUCGAAGCGUGUACGGCAGAAGAAGAAGGGCGUUUGGAGCUCCAUUGCCAAUGCCUCGGAUUUUACAGAGCUCUGCGAACUGUGGGGAUAUUAUUGCGAGGAGCACAUUGUACAGACUGGUGAUGGCUAUCUGCUAGGACUGCAUCGUCUGGCUUGGCGUCAGGGUGAGGAGGGUGUUCGCGUCAACUCUAGUGAUAGGAAUACCGGGGUCAAGAAGAAGGUGGUGUACCUCCAUCAUGGGCUGAUGAUGAACAGCGAGGUCUGGGUCUGCUUGACAGAGCGGGAACGCUGUCUACCAUUUGAGUUGGUGGAGCGCGGCUACGAUGUCUGGCUCGGGAACAACAGGGGAAACAAGUACUCGAAGAAGAGCGUGCACAGUGCGCCAACUUCGAGUGCGUUUUGGAACUUUAGCAUGGAUCAGUUCGCUUUCCACGAUAUUCCGGACUCGAUUGCAUAUAUUCUGGAGACGACCCACCAGCCGAGCUUGUCGUAUAUUGGCUUCUCGCAGGGCACGGCGCAAGCAUUUGCCACUCUGUCUAUUCAUCCUACGCUCAAUGAGAAGGUGGAUGUAUUCAUCGCGCUGGCACCGGCCAUGUCGCCCAAGGGCGUUGCUUCUGGCAUAGUCGACUCUUUCGUCAAGGCAUCUCCCGACAUUCUCUAUCUCGCCUUUGGUCGCAAGGCGAUUCUGCCCUCGACCACCAUGUGGCAGUCCAUCCUCUACCCGCCAAUCUUCGUCCGCAUCAUCGACACGUGUUUACGCUUCCUGUUUGGCUGGACAGCCGUCAACAUUGCUCCACACCAGAAACUCGCAGCCUACCCGCAUCUGUACUCGUACAGUUCCACCAAAAGUGUCGUUCAUUGGUUCCAGAUCAUCCGUAAUGGUACUUUCCAAAUGUACGACGAUGAUGCACCGAGCCCACUUUCAAACCGAAGCAAGUACUACAAAGUCGCCAAAUUCCCCACUCGCAACAUCAAAACGCCUAUUGUCCUAAUUUAUGGAGGCGCUGACGGCCUUGUCGACAUCAAUGUCAUGCUCAAAGAGCUCCCCCGCCAUACCAGCGCCAAAGAAAUUCCACACUACGAGCAUCUCGACUUCCUCUGGGGCGAAUCCGUCGACAAGCUCGUCUUCCCGCAUGUCUUCGAUGCCCUAGACAAACAUGCGAACAAAGGCGAGCAACCCUCGCUUGAAGGUCAAAAAGAAAAGCGCUGGCGCUCCCCCGGCCGCUACUACGGCCUCCUCGCCCAAGCCGAGCACACACCCUCUGCCGAAGAGGAAGACGACGCCGGUGAUGAAAGCGCGUCAAGCCCCGCCGCCCUGCGCACCCGCAAAGUCCCAUCCAACUCCCGCCGCCCACUCUCCAUCGAUGGCGCCAUUCUAGAAGUCCUUCCCCCCACCCUUGCCAGCCCCAUAUCUUCCACCAAAGUCCCCCACCUAGCCAGCUACGAAGCCCGCACGGCUCCCAAAGCUGUGUCCUCACCUCCCCGCCGCACCCUCAUGUCUCCACCACCCACAUCCCGCCUUCUGGAAAACGCAACACUCAGCCCAAACGCGUCGGUCAUCGAUUCCGGCACUACAACCCUCACAUCCACGUCCAGACCGGAAGGUUGGUGGUCCAGCGAUGAAGUCGCAGGCACGGAACCGAGUCAACCGACCACACCCAGACGGAAGGCAAGCUUUGAUAGCCAGAAGAGUGGCAAGUCGCUUGCGGGCUGGUUCGGAAACAAGGGGAUCAGUGUGGGCGCGGGGAGGCCGGUGAGCAGUAUUGUUAUUGGCGAAGGGCAUGGGGAGCAUGCGCUUAUGGAGAAGAAUCGGGAAAAGGAGAAGGAGUUGGAGAGGGCGGGAGCGGUAGCUGGGGCAGAGGACGACAGAAAGACGUGCGGGGGCCCGGAAGGACAAGAGGGCGCGGAAGAAGGGCAACGUGUUGAGGAAGAAGAAGAGGGUCAGUUUUGCAUGACGUUACUUUGCGCGAGAAGUGGGGACAGGUUGACAUGA